GAGGCAAACUGAUGCAUAAGGCUCAGGCAGGCGAAGACGCAUUCUUACACACAUACGAAACCUCGCUUGACUAAUCCGCUACACGAGGUUGUCCAACGAAGGCCAGGGCCUCUGCUCCCAGUCUGCUCAAGGUUACGAGAUGUGUCGGGUCUGGGGCGUGUGGGCGGCGGCGCUGGCGUGGGCGAGUGCCAUGGUAGCAUGGGCGGGCCCAGUUGAUGUCCAGAACCUGCCGGUGGAACAUCGAGGGGCGGCCUUCUAUGAUGCCUUGCCCGAUAUCAUUUCCAGCCUCCCGUCGGCCUCCGAUGACAUGUUCAUCUGGAAUGGCCCUGAUGGGUCUUACAGAUUUGGAAUGCAAGGGGCCGACCAGUGGCGCGUCGAAUCACGGGAUGCCAACGGCCACGUAGAAGGACGCUACGUCUACAAGACGCCAGACGGACAGACGGUGGACGUAUCGUACGGCGCGGGACCCCAGGGCUACAGGGCCAAGGGAGACGCCAUCCCCGGCGGGGAAGCGCCCCUGUACGAGACUCGGGACACCCAGACGCAAGGAGAAACUCAGACACAAGGAGGAAUUCUGGCGGAAGGAGACCCUCAGGCACAGGAAGCGCCCUACGGCGCCCUCGUGCGGGCGGGAGAGGAAGCGAAGUUCCCGAACGGCAACGGGGUAACGACGUACGCAGACGACGAGAGCCAGGCGAUCGUGACGGACAUCGAGCCUCAGUACGCCCAAGCCUCGGCUGUCUUCCCGGUUUUAACGAUCCGCGGGACCGAUACGUUCUUGGUAGGGCCGCCCACGGUCAAUGACGAGCCUCUUCUCCCCGCUGCCAUUGCCGUGUAGGCGGCUUCUAACUUCCCGGCGUCUUCUGGUUCUUACCUGUGCAACGGCUCGUCGAAAAUUUUUCGUAGAUUGGUUUUUUUUUAAGUUUUCGUUAUUCGUUCAAAAAUGCUACGGAUUUUCGUUCGAAUUCAGGAAGAAUUUUUAAGUUUUUCGGUUCACGUUCAAAAAUGAAUAAUUUAUUUAUUUUAUUUUUUUCAUUCUAAAAGUUUUCGUUAUUCAUCCCCCAAAAAAUGCUGAGGUUUUUCGUUCGAAUUCAGGAAGAUUUUUGAAGUUUUCCAGUUUGCGUUGCAAAAAUAAAUCAUUUUUUUCCCAUUCCAGGUAAGGUAAGGUAGAGCUUUUAAUUCGUCCUUCAAAAAUUCUGAAACUUGAAUUCGAGCUUUGAAAAACUGAAUUUUUCUCUCUAUAUCCAAAAUUACCUAGAUUUUUCUUAUUCGGAGCCAGAAGAUCUUAACCGCCUUUGGUUCGUGAUCAUGGCUGUAGAACUCCUAUGAAAGGUGUUGAAUAAUGAUGGCGAAAAGAAUUUACAGUUGCAAGCGUUUUUAUGAGCUGGGAUAACAUUAGACCCAAUUUAAGGGUCCUCCCGAAAAAAUAUACAAAUUUGAGAAAUCCUCUAGUAAAGACUUUAACCCAUGCGAGAGUUCUCAUGCUUGUAUUUAUAUAUCGAUACUUUUCUGGGCAUUUUAAUUACUAUAAUUAAGACUAAGGUCAUUUGUUGACUUAAAUUCGUGGUUGAAAAUCAAAAGAAGAAUAAAAUCCGGAUCUUUUGGGCAAUAUAUAAACUUAUUUCGAAGCUGACGAUAAAUAUCCACAAACGUUAUCACUGGCUGUUCUAUCUUGCCUCUGAUUGGUUCAUGCAUCUGAGUUCAUAACCGGUGGGCGUGAUUAGCGUGGUCGUCCGCCAAUCGCGAUGAGAUUCAACGAUAUUGGCUGUAGAUAUUUACCGCCAGUCCCGAAGAAAACGGACUGUAAUUAUCAUUCUUUUUUUCUCGUUCUCAUUAUCGACACCGCAUGACGUUGUUACCUGUAAGCUUUAAAGGGCAUUUUCCAAGAUUACCAAUUUGUAGCCAUGGCACAAAAUACCUUUCUUUUUUUUCUGAACGUUUUCUCUGAUUCGAAUAGGUUGGUAAGCAACUCACCUGAGCUGAAAGUUGUUCAUUGUUUAUUCAAAUGUCAUUGUUUUUUGUUGCCAAAACAAAAAGAGUAAUAAUUAGAAAAUAUAACAGGAAAUAAUGUAAAAUUAUCAAAUUGUUCAGUUAAAUCCACCCAACCUUCUUCAUUUUGAUUCCAGAAGCUGUAAUACAUCUUUAGAAUAAGACAGAAAUGUUGCAAAACAGUAGAAGUUAACAAGAAUAGACAAAGUUUGGCCAUUCCGACUAACAGAAAAUGGAAUAGAUCAUUUAAAGUAAUGGAAAAUAGUCCAGUAAUCAACAACUUACAAUAUGUGGGUUGUAUCUCCAACACAGGACCACAUUAAACCAAAAGUACUAGCCUAGAUUUAAACAGGAACAAAAUUUAUUGAAUUUUAGUGCUAUACCUCUUGUGGGAGUUUUGAAUACAGAUGUACUACCUACUCAUUCUAGUUCAUUCAUUUCUGUUAGCAUGUGAACGUCACAAAUCUGCUUCCUUCUCUCUAAACUUUUGUUUUAGUUAAGAUAACCUUAGGUUCGUGUGAUUCUUAAGUUGAGUGCACCAUGGUUUCCCCCUAUCACAAUUUUCCACGACGUAAUUUCAAUGUGACUUUUAGGUUGUGCCUGGCUACACCUAUCCUUAGAGCAUUACAAAUUAUCAUUAAAUGAAAA